AUGGAUUCAACAGAUGAAGUUUCGGAGAUUAGCAGUAAUAGGUUCACAAUCUUCCCAAGAUUGCCUGCUGAACUUCGUGCAAAAGUCUGGCAGGCAGCCAUUACACCCCGAGUCAUCAGAUGCCAACGGACGAAUGACGAGAACCUGUUCACUGCUCCACCGAAAUCAGUUACCCUGUUCGAGGUCAGCCGGGAAUCACGAAAUAUAGCUUUUCUCUAUGGCGGGUUUAUUUUACUUAGCACGACUCCUUGCUAUAUUUACUUUAGUCCGAAGAUUGACUACCUUCUAUUCGACGUUGGGUGGAAGUCAUUAGCAGAUCCUCCUCAGUACCCUCGGCUCAAUGCCGCUCUAGCAGCUCCAGCAACGCCACCAAAAGUUCCCCAGGACUUCAUCGUGUCGCUUGAAGCGAUUGAUCCAGCUCUCAAAAUGCUCAGGAAUAUUAUGGUGCAUCCCAAUUGGAACGAUCAACGGAUGAUGCCAACUGUUCCACUUGCUCGAUUGCCGUAUUUAGAAAGGGUUCUGGUGGCGAGCGAUGAAAAGUCCAUUGGGUUGCGGAGCGAGGUCAUGUUCUCGACUGUGCAUGAUAUCAAGAUGUACUAUGGUAUAACCAGGAAGACAGCACCCGAGGUUACCACUCCCAGAAUUGCCGUUGGGUGUCUCGGUUGGACCGGGAAAGAUCGAUGGACCAUGCAUCAUGGGAGACAUGAUAAUCGACAACUCGUAGCUGUCUUCCAAGAUUACGCAGCGAUGAAGGAGCACCAAAGAUUGCUACAGGAGGAAGAGAAGAGGUUUACCGAAGAACGAUUCGGCCCCCGAACACCUAGCUUCAUGGUGAAGCUACGACAGGCGCGAGAAGCCCAUAGCACUGAACCGAAACCCAUCUCAAUAUUGCCGGAUAUUAAGAGUCUUCAAAAACCACCAACUUAUGAGGAGGCUACUUCUGCAGACACACCUUUGAAAGAAUGA